AUGUCCUUUACCGUAAAUUACCUUGAUAAGUUUGAAGGUUGGGAAAGUGCUUUGGAUCCAAACUCACUCAGCCUUCUUGAAAUACUGGAAUUUCGUAGAACAAAAAAGGAUUUCUCUUUCGAUAAGUGGACCGAGCACUUCACGAUUUCCAAGCCAGUAUCUGUUUAUAUUGCGCUUAAGAGAAAGACGAAGUGGCGAGGGGAUAGAGAAGGAGUUGGGCUACGUGCCAAAAACAACCAUCUAAGCAACCCAGCUACGUGCCGGACUCAAGCACAGGGUGAAGAUGCGAAGAUAAAACAAGCUGAAGUUCAAUUUUCUGUUGAUCGCACUUUGACGGGGAAUGAGGCUCAUAGAAUUAUCGACCAGAAAAAAAUAGAUUAUGUUUUGAGCUCAAAUAAAAAUAGUAUCGGAGAAGACAAGAUAAGAACCGUUACAUUAGAAGAAGAAGAGUCCUCCACUAAGGGAAAAAUGGAUAUGUCACUUGGACAUAAGCGACCAUACGAUGAAGAAUUACCAUCAACUUCAUCAAAAAAGAUCAGUUCUUAUGAAAACGAAGAGUUAGCUGAAGAAGAUAUCACUCAAGAGGAUGUGUUGAAUUCUAUUGCUGAAGUUUCUGAUGUCUUCGGGAAAACUAAAUUCCCAACAUACUAUAACAAACUAAAGUCUAUCUGGCAUAAUCGGGAUGCUGAGACGAAUUAUUAUGUUAUUGAUCUAGGAGAUGAGGAAAUACUAAAUCAGGUUCACGGUCUUUUGAGCGAUAAUGAAUUGAAUUUUUUGUUUGAGAGGUUAAGAUUAACAGAUGAGGAUGAAUGUCUGAGUACGGAGGCGUGUAGAUAUAUGACACUGUUUGAUAAGAUGAUUGAGGAAGAGAGUUGUAAUGACGGUAAGAUAGAAGAUGAGGAAAAUUACACGACUGGUGAAAGAAACUGCGAAGAGCUUGAGAGAAAAGUCCAUCAAUUAGACAGUCUACCCAAAAAAUUUCAUUAUCUAUCUAACACCUUGCCUAUCCCGGCGGAGAGUUAUGAUCAAUCAGAAACGCCUGAUGUUUUUGUUAUCAAGAGCGUCUCUUGUCAUAUUGAUACGAUCACGAAAAUGAAUGGAUUAAUGAAGAGUACUCCCGAGCGUACAUGGACAGCCCAUGUAUUGGCGUAUAUAUUUUUCGUUACAUUUUGUUUCAUCGAUUCAUUGCAGUAUUUCUCGUGUGAACGAGAUAUUUCUACCAAGAUCGAUGCUCAAGAUGAUAGGUAUAAAGCCGAUGGUGUUUUAGAAUUGUUUGAGCGACCAAGGCAGAUACCAUUAUUUUUGCUCGAAGUGUCAGAAGGUCCCAAUAAUCCAGACCCAGAUAAAAUCAAAGGAGAUAGAACGAAGCUGAUGAACGAGGGUGUUUUUGCCCUUAACAAGUUUAUGAUUAGCACUGAGUUACCGGAAUGGAAAGUGUGUGAGGCAUUGGGUGUUUUCCUGGCCCAGGGAUUUGCCGAUAAAGUUGAAAUCGGACAAAUAAUAUUUAUUGGGCCUGGUCUGUAUCUUUUCUCGCCAUUUACAGUUCCAGCUCUCACAAUUCCAACUUCAAACACCAACCUAAAACAUGCACCUCGACUCAUCCGAACUCUCUUGUGUUACGAUACAAUACUAUCGAAAAAAUUGAGAAGUUUAACGAACUUGAAAAGGAAG